AUGGCUGUGAGACGUCGGUACUUGAAUUUCUCGUUCUUGUCAGAAACUGCCGUUGACAGAAGGGAAGUCGCUGGGGUUGAAAAGGCCGCCAGCGUGCCCACGAGCAUCUCUAUCCCCAGCAUCGUCGUCGACCUAUCUCAUUAUCCCUUUUUCGUGCAUUCUGUCCUCGGUUUCCAAGCUCUUUCCUACCAGUUUUUGCUCGUCUUUCAAGACUCGGAACCACGAAAUGGCGGCCGAAGGCUCAGGGAAUUUGUCGUCAUGAUCGACACCUGGGAAAACGUGCUUGCCCUGCGCGACGCCUUCGAGAGUAAAUCCAACUAUAGCAGCGUGGAUGGGCAGUUGCAAGCCAGGUUUUUCGGUGAUCCGAUACCCAUCGUCAUGGUCCCUAUCGAUCAACUCGAUCCCCGACCAUCUGUGAGCAACAUGACCCGUAUGCCGCAGAUCAAUCCCAGGGAACCGUACAGUGACGCCGGAUUGACUCGGGAUGAAAUGGAGGGGCUCGCUCGGGAAUACCGGAUUGAAGGAAGGGGUGAUGCUGUUGAGGGGGAUUAUGUCCUUAUUGGUUCUGGUGUUGCGACUGUCCUGCUCUGGGCGUGUGUUAGUUGGCUAUGGAACACUGUCUUUGCUUGA